AUUUACACAAUCAGCCAUGUCAAAAAUUAGCAUUUUAAAUGAAAACAAUGAAUCAAUUGUUGGUAUUCUUGAAGAGAAAUUAGAGAUUGAUGCUGGUCGUCCUAAGCCUCGCAUUGUUUUUAUUGUUCAUGGCAUUUUAGGUUUUUAUGCCAAAAUUCAUUUGAAAUGCUACAAUGCUGACUUAUAUGUAUUAUACAUGUAUAGGUCAUAAAGACUAUCUUUUUCAUAGACUUUUAGCGCAAACAUUACCUUAUACAUCAUUUAGAUUUGAUUUUAGAGGCAAUGGAGAAAGUGAAGGAUCUCCUGGUUAUUGCAAUAUUCUGGAAGAUGCAGAUGAUAUUCAUACAGUAGCUAAAUAUUUUGAAAAUCUCGGAUAUGAAAUUUAUGCAGUAAUUGGUCAUUCAAGAGGCGCAUUAUCUAGUUUUAAAUAUGCUACUACAUGUGAAAAACCAUUACCUAUUAUGGUGAAUAUUUCUGGUAGAUUUAAGAUGAAUGAUAAUCAACUUAAUACAAGUAGACCUGAAAUUGGAAAAGCAUUGAGAGAACAUGGUUAUUUUGAUUGGCAUGUUAAACAAAGAGAUCGUAUUGCUACUGUUAAAGUGACUCAAGAAGAAGUGGAUAAAUUUCAUAAUUAUUCCAAUGAUUUUGUUUCAAGAAUGCCAUUGUCAACUUGUGUAUUGACAGUUCACGGUUUAAAAGAUAAUAUAGUGCCUCCUUACAAUGCCGCUAUGUUUGCAAAUAAGAUUUCCAAUCAUACUCUAGUAUUAAUUCCAGAUGCUGAUCAUAACUUUAAAGGAAAAUUUGAACAAGUAACAAAGGCAAUAGUUGAUUUCUUUGCAAAACAUGAAUCUAGUGAUUAUUUAAAAGCGAUCGCAAUGGGUCAAGGAACAGGUCUUGUUCUUCCUCGAUGGAUUGACGUAGAGGGCGUACGAAAUUUUCGUGAUAUUGGUGGCUGGCCAUUAAAGGAUGGCAGUGGUUAUAUUCGUGAAAGAACUAUUUUCCGCUCAGGACAUUUAUCAAAGAUAGCUCCUGAAGGUAUUGCCAGAUUAAAAGUAUUGAAUGUCAAAGCUAUUUUUGAUUUUAGAUUAGAUCAUGAAGUUAAAAGAGAUGGUGCCCUUCAAGAAAUUCCUGGUAUAACAAGGUUUGGCUAUAAUUUGUAUGAAAAUGUAGUAAAAUCUACUGCUGAUUAUUAUAAGGCCUUAAUGGUUUUCCUUAAUGGUGAAAAAGGCUUCGCUGAAGGCUAUAUGUUUAUUUUGGAACAUGGCAGUAAAUUAAUUGGAGAUGUAUUUCGUUAUAUGAUUAAAGAGUUAUCAAUUUAUGAUCGCUCUGCUAUGGUCAUUCAUUGUGCGGCUGGAAAGGAUCGUACAGGUGUAUUUGUUAUGGUACUUCUUGGGCUUUGUGGUGUUGAUGAUGAGAUUAUUGCACGAGAAUACGAAUUAUCCAACAUUGGCUAUUUUGACUAUGAAAAGGAUUUAGAAAAGAGAGCUAAGCAAUUGAAUGUCUCAGUUGAAACUAUGCGUGCUGCUUUAUCUGCAUCGUAUGGUGGAAUGAAAUUAACAAUAAGUCACUUAAAGCAAAAAUAUGGUUCAUUUGAGAAUUAUGUGCGUGAAGGAUGCGGUUUAAAUAGUGACGAAAUCAAUUAUAUUCGCAACUUAAUGAUUGUCCCUAUUCGAUUUGAAGAACGUCAAUUAUAUAGACAUAAAAUCUAAAAAAAAGGGGGGGGGGCGCGGGGAGAAGUGAGACUUUAUUAACAAUUUUGAUAUUUGGUUGAAGAAUGUAUAACUUAAAGGAUCUCCGCUAUAUGUGUGUCCCCUUCUUUUUUUCAAUACAUGAAGAGUUAUUAUAUAAGUAAAAGCCCCUUUUUCCCUUUUU